AGUCGCUCACGCUCCGCCGAGCGCGCGAACGUCGUCAGUGGAUCUCAGGUUGCACCCUCAACAAGUGGGGAGCAACUUAACUGCCGCGACGCGAAAAAAAAAUCGUAACUACAAAUUAAAUACGAUACUUAGUGCUGAGAGCAACUAAACUGCCGCGACGCGAAAAAUAAUAAUCGUAACUGCAAAUUAAAUUCGAUAUUCGAAAAGUGAAUUAAUUUAACUUAAUCUCGAUAUUCUGUUACUAUUUGCGAACAGGAAAUGAAUAAGUGAAAAGACAAGUGCUUCGGUAUUGACUAAUAAAUUAUUGAAAAUGUUGUUCAGUUGACCUGUGAGUUUUGUUGACACGCAAUCAAGAUGCAGAUGUCCAGAGGCAACGGCCGCGUGCUUUCUAUUCUAUUCAGCGCUUUACUACUGGGACGCGCUAUCACAGUGCGUGGUCACACGGAAGUCCGCGUAGAACUUCAGAUGGAGCGUUGGGCGGCGCGGGGAGGAUCGGUCCGAUUACGCUGCGUUCACGACGUUCCAGCUCACCUGCUUGACAAAGUGGUCUUCCUACGUCACGGAACAAAGAUCUUCCAAUACAUACGAGACAGGAAACCGCCGUACAGAAACUUUACAACACCCGGUGCUGUACUCAAUAUUGCUUUAGCGACGGAAAACUCAAUAAUUCUUCAAAAUUUGGACUUUGCCGCAAGCGGAAGCUACUCUUGUGAGGUAUCACUUGACACCCCUAUAUACACUAAAGCGUCCAGUGGAAAACAACUCACUGUUUUUCAUCCACAGAAGCAUCACCCACGUAUCGACUUCCCGACUCGCUACCUAAGUUCAGGGGAGACGUUACGAGCUAACUGUACAACAGCCCCCGCCCUCCCAGCGCCCCAUAUAACCUGGUUCAUCAAUGGGAAGAAGAUGGACGGAAUUGUCGCCCAUUCUCACAAGUUUCGGGUACCAAUGGGCGAACGCAGCGGCCGUCGCGGGUUACAACGAACUUUUGAAUCAAACAGUACACCACCUCCAUUAGUAGCUCUAACGCAUGCUUCACAUAUCGCCACCCGCCCUCCCGGCUGCAAUCACAAGGAUAACCCUGUUGACGAGAUUGGCGAAAUAAAAGAACGAGACGAAACAAACAUGCUCCACUCGACAUCCAGCAGGCACAAAAUUCGAAAGCCCUCGCGACGAGAUUUAUAUGUGACCAUAUCGGAACUGCAAUUAGUGGCAACGGGAAGGCUUGAAAUUACAUGCGUCAGUACUAUACCUGAAUUCCGCAGCAUCGAUGAUAAGUUCGCAGACGUCCGAAAUGACACUGUUAUUGUGGAUGUUAUCAAGCCCUCAACGUACAUCCAGCCAACAACAAACAUCACAAUAGCAGAGUACAACACUUCUGGCGCACAAAGGCCGUAUUCUGUACUAUACAUCAUGUGUAUUUGCUUGUUAAAAAUCGCUUGAUAAUACAUUAUAAUUUAAGUUUAUUAAACGGGCUGUGAUAAAUAAUAAAUGUUCAUUUAUAAAUAACCUAAGUUACUCGUUAAAUGUAUCUUUUAACUGUGGUUAUUGUAUUAUGUAUUUAAAUCAAACUUCUAACACGCACUUGUAAAUAAUAAAAUCCGCCACGCUUCGCUGUGGCUAUCUAUCGCUGAGUAAGAGAAAUAAAGUUAGGAAUUUAUUAAAACGAUUGGCGGGGCACCUAUGUAGGUCGAAAGAUAAUAUUAGAAACAUUAACUGAAGUGCCAAUAUUAAUUGCCGGAACAAUAACAAAGAUUAAUUAUCAACAUAUGCCAACAAUAUGUAAGUAUACAGGCAACUGCUAAAUAAUUUGUCUUAAUUAAAACGAUAAUACGACUUCUAGAGAAUUUUAGAUGAUCGUUUUGAAAACCUUUAAUUUAAAAUCAGAUUCAACUCUACAGAAUUCAUUUCAUUGUUUUUUAUUUAUUAUACUGAACUUCUGCGUUAAAUAAAUUAUCAAAUGCGUUCGGUAGUGAUGAGACGCAACACAAGAAACAAUUUGACCUAAUCAUGGAAUAGAUGAAAAUAUAAAUUAUGGACAUGGGUACUAUAAUAUUUUAAAAGUUUUAAUUCAUUAAAGUUUUAAUAAAAGUUUAAUAAAAAAAUAAUCUAAUCAGUUUCCGUAAAAAAUUGAGUAGACAGUGAAUUCACUUGAAACGGAAACUCAGCUCGAUGAUUGAGUGAUUACUUUUGAUACUUAUAUUGCUUGAAUAUACAGAUUAUAAAAAAAAUGUCUUAUUUUUAUUAUAAGUUACAGUUUUAAAUAUAUUCACAAGAUUUCGAACGUAAAGCUUUCAAUGAUAAUUGCUCCUGAAGGUUUUGGGUGAAAUCAAACAAAUAAGCAAAUGGUGAGAUUGUUAAACUCAAUUUAAUACAAAAAAAAGAAAAAAGAAAGGAAUAAAAAAAACAGUAGUCACAAUCUUUUUUGGGAGACUUCUUCAAUUCUUAUCAAUAUUAAUUUUUUUUACUUGUAAUUAACUAUCCAUCCGUUAUACUCAGAAUAGUAUUUCUGUUGAUUGUAAAUACAUAGCGAGAAUAUCACAAUUUUAUUACUUUCAUAACUCGUAGGUUCAAACUUAGAGUAUUAACCGUUCCUGCUCUUAGCAUACAACAUCGGAAUACGUCACAUUAAUUUAUUUAAAAUUAGUAUACCUAUCUAGUAACAUAGAGUGUCGAUUUGAAAUCGAGAGGACCUUACUUUUUUUGCCUCUUGUGCCUUCGGUUCAUAUUGGGCAUGGAUAAUACUCGUAUGAAGUCCUACUUAUAAAGUAAAAACUGGCCUCUCAAUUUCUAUAGUGAGCCCAUACAUUUUAGAAGGUGUUUUCGGAGCAUUCCUGAAAAUGAAGUUAGGUGGGGGGAGCACUUAUGAUUCCUGUCACGACAAUAACAAAAACAUGUUUUUUUAUUUUACACGCAAAAUAACAGAACACGCAAUAUAAUAUAAUAGACAUGUACAUUCUUGAAAAAACGAAAUUUUAUUAAUACGUGUAUCUUAGUUCUAUGAUUAGUUAGACUAUGUAAUUUAUUAUCACUGUUUCAUACUGUUGGUGUGACCCAAAUAAAUAAGUAUAACAGAACUCUUGAAAAAUAUAAACAGGAACAAAAAAUAGUAGUUCAGUACUUUUCCCUUAGCUUAUCAAGCGAUUUUAUAUGUUUUUCUUGUUUAGUAUAAAUCGGUAGUGUUCGCCUCGUUGCCCGAAAUUGAACAUUAAUGACAACUCAAAAUUUCCAGUUUUCUUGCAAAAGUGAGGUGUGAAAGGCUGACUUUUCCCAUUCUUUUAUUGUUCAUAAACUCUUCAAUCAAUAAUAAAAAAAGAAAAUCAAUUGAAAAACUGGCGAGAAAAUGUUAAUUAACAGUUUUGGUUGUCAGUGUAGCAAUGGAAAAUAAUAUUUUCCGUUUAGGGCUACUAUUUUAUACUUGCUUCGGUUCGGAAACGGUUUAUUUACACCCUGUAUACUGUCUAUAACACAUUUAAUUCUAAAAAUAAAUCGUACAAUAACAUUUCUUAAACUACUACUAAACUAUUUGUUUUUAUUCUACUACGAACUUUCAAUUUCCAAUGAAAUUCCUAUAACGUAACCUAGUUGCUAUUUAAGCUUUUAAUAAAUAUUUUGGAUAAUGUCUGAAUCUAUGGGACUUUGUAGUAAAUAUAAUUACAUACAUAUUACCUAAUGGUAUUAGGGUACCGAAUUACGUAGGUAAAGCUUAAAAACAUUGUAUUCAGAAUCUGUCUAGAUAAUUCCUUAUUAAAAUUAAUUUAAUGUAAAUAUAAAAUGUAAUUAUGAAAACUAACCAACAAAUAGUUUAAAACUAUGUACUAUUGAAAUAUUAUGAUAUUUCAAAUUUUACUGAAUAAAAUUACUGAGACUAUAGAAUAUAUUUCAACCUUAUACAUAUCUGAAAGUGGGCGAUGGUAUUCAUAUUUGUGAUUUCAAUGGGAUCUAGUAGAUACUUAGUUAGGCCAUGAGCAGUCUGUAGUUAGACAUGUUUAAGUAAAAAAUAUAUUUAAAAUUAUACAUAGAAUCUUCAUUAUAAUUUUAAUAACGAUGCAGUAAAUUUACGAUAUUUAUGUCUUUCUUUCUCGUGAUCGUUACGACGGUGAGAAACAAAGAUAAAUGCUAUCUGACCCACAAAAUUAGUUUUAAAUUAAAAAGGUAAGAUAAGAAUAAUGCCUUAGAGCACAUAGUUGAUAUAAUGCAUAGUUAUAUGUUAAUCCACGGUAUGUUUAAUAAAGGCUCUCUAACAUUUCUGUUAAACAAAUACAUAUCACUAUGAAGACUUAAAGUAAUGUGUCCCAUAUAUAGUUAAUAAAGUUUUAAUUAUAAUAAAAUUAUACUUAAAAAGUAUACAGCGGGUUAAUUUUUCAAAUUUUUUUAGCCUGUGAACAAACUCUAAAUGGAGUUUUGGGACUGUUUUAGCCGUUAGUAAAUUCAUGAAAAAUCAAUUUUCUAGUUGGGACUAAUAUUCCUUCGUUUGAUUUUGGAAAAAAGAUCUGAUCUAUGCUAAGUAUUCUUCCACAAACAAUAUGUCAGAAAUUUAGAUUUUUUUAUAUAAGCAAAAAGAAAUUGUCAUUGUAAAUUCAUUAGCUGAUUAAAUAUAACUAGAUGAUGACCGAUGAGCUUUGCUCGGUUUUUUUUUUGAUAACGCCAUCUUGUUGUGUCUUUAAAACGGUUAGUUGCCCUCAAUUAAGAAAAAUAGUACUAUUAUUCGCCAACAGAUGUCGGGAAGAGUUGAUUAUUGAAAACACGAAUAAAACAUCAUUUUCUGAAAAUAAAUCGUAGCUAGAUCGAUUUAUCGCCCCCGAAAUCCCCUGUAUACGAAAUUUUAUGAAAAUCGUUGGAGCCGUUUCGGAGAUUCAGAUUAUAUUGCUCGUUUAAAGGUAUAAGAUAUCAUCUAUAUACAAAAUCUUGUGUUUGUUUGUGCCUUGCCCAAAGUUCUUAAGGAUUUAAGAUUGGACUUUGUUGUUUCAUUUUAUCUUAGUGUGAGUUUGAAGAUGUUUAAUGAAGAAAACACAUAUUACAGUAAUCCUUACAAAUGAGUAUGUACUAUAAAAUAUUUGAUUCAAUUAAAUUAAAAAAAAUAAAAAGGCACUAUUAUCAGAGAUAAUAGGUAAGUAAAAGAAUAGGUAACUAGUCUCGCACACAUGUUUGGAAAGAAAGUUUGAAUAAUGAAAUUGAUUUAAUAAAUGAUCGUAGUUACAAAAUAACAUACCUAGUAUUAUUCAAUCUUUAGAAUUGAGUCCAAUCUUAACGCACGAAGAAAUGUGUGUUGAUACUUUUAAAAAAUGCUUAAAAUGUGCAAAUUUCUCAACAGUUUCCUAACUUUUCAGAACAUUAUUCACAUAUACUUACAGUAGGCUUUUUGCAUGACCUGCAUCAAAAAAAAUUUGGAUUGUAGAAAUAACACUGAAUGUUUUUAUUAGCUACUUGCCUACGAAAAUUGAUUUUUCAAAAAAUCUUGACCUACUUUUAAUUAUUCCGAACAAAUUGACCCAAAAACAAAAUGAGUACUGAUUCAAGUAUCUUAGUUAUAUAUUAGGUAUAUCUAGCUUUCAGUUUUAUUAUAAAAAUAUAAAAUACCAUGACUGUAAUGAGUUAAGUCCGCUUAAAAAGAUCAAGUUAAUCCUUGACAGAAAAGAUUUUCUAAGGUCAGUAUCAGACAAAUAUUUACAUAGCCCAUCAAUAAGUUCCUUUUAGAAUCCUUUAAAUGUGACUGUGGGGAAUAAUUAUUAUAAAAUAAAAUAAAAGCACGCAGGAUACGGUGUAGGCCCGUAUCCAGACAGGUUGUUCCAGAAAUUUCCACUACACACCUACUGUUCCCAGCUCUAAAAUAAUAUUUCAUAAGUUACUUGUUUUUAAACUAAUUUUUAUCUUCACGGGAUGUUUAUUUUAUAUAUGAUUUCAUGUUCCCUUUAUCUAUAAUGUAUUUACCUAAACCAAAUAUAAGAAACAACCGUGUUGGCGUACCUACAUCUAGUUAGUAAGUAAUGCUAUUAGUAAUGUGUGAUAAUAUUAUAUUAAAGUAUGUUAAUUUA